CCAGCACGUGAUAGUGCAUCUGUUCUUAUCUGAGGUGGGUGCGCGCGCGCGUGGGCGGCUCUCGCCGUGUCUCUCUCGGUCCCGCAGGUCGGAUCGGCUCGCGAGGUCGCGUCGCGGGGUUUCAGUUCCGGGAGAUCGUUCCGCCGGUGACCUGCCUCGAGGAGACAGUGGUGGACCUUGGUUCGUCCUGCCGAGGAUCCGGAGUAGGGCAUUUUCGGGGCCCGAAUGAGCCGGGAGGGCGACGGGUGAGGCGCGGACGCCGGGCCCGGCUCGGGGGGUGAUGCCCCCCAGGUCGGGACUGUGGCGGUGAUCCGUCGGGGGUGCCGAGGGAGUCGCGAGGGCGUCGGCAGCGCGCCGGCGGCUCCUUAGGCGGCCGCGGUGCCAAUUAAACCGCGAGUCGUUUGCGCGCACCAUAAGGGAAGCUGACGACAACCGGCGGAGGGAUCGACGUCCCCGACACCACCUGAGAGCUCAGGAGGAGAGGAAAGACGCGGAUGGUUCAGCGAGGGACUCGACGACAGGGCGACCGGAGGAUGGGGGGCGAGUGAAGUCUUCCUAGGAAGAAGUUUGUGGGACGAUAGACAGGAUAUCGCGGAUCGUCGGAAAACGGUGGACGAGGUCAAGGGACGCUUCGGGAGACACCUUUUGCAGCCGCGGGUAGAAGAUCCUUGGGAUACCUCGAGGGACUUCAUCGAGACACCUCCGGGACACCUUCAGGAAACUCCUUCACGGGGCACCGAGCCUCCAGGAUGUGGUCGUUAAGUUCCAAGGUCCCCGACUCCAGAGUCGGGGUUGAACCUCACUCCAGGGCGUGAGACGAGCUCCUCUAUAACCUCUCCCUUCGGGAGCGACCUCCGGUUAAAAGCCACCGACCCGGUCUCCGGGAGUCCAGGAAGGGGCAUAUCUCCCGAGGUCGCGGGGGGGCCCCCCAUGCGGGGGCGGGCCCGCCGUUCCCGGAGGUGCCGGGCGCCGGCGACCCCGUCGACCACCCGGAGGGCAUGACCCCCGCCCCCCGUGGGGUGCCGUGCCGCUGACUAACCCACCCCCGAUCUUCCAACCCGGAGCCCGAACUACCGAGGUCGCGCUCCUCUUCUUCCAUCGACCAUGGCCGGCACGACGACCUCGGCCGGGGUGAAGCCGCGCGGCGGCAAGAUCAGCUUCAGCGUGGACGCGCUGUUGAGUGGAACGAGGGAGCCCCCCGAGGAGGAGGUCGCCCCCGAGGUGGAGCAGAACUCCCCCAUCGAGGCGAGGUACCGGGAGCUCCUGGCCGAGCACCAGAGACUGAACGGCCGCCGGCUCCUAGAGAUGCUGAGUCCCCAGGGGGCGCCGGGGGUGGGGCUCGGGAGGAGAGACCAGGUGCCCCCCUCGCGCCCUGGGGCCCCCGGGCCCCGGGACUCCCCCAGACCCGGCGGCACUACGGCACCCCCGAAACGCCGGGACGACGACGACCCCCGCCUUCUGGGGACUGUCCCUCUCGACGACGGCAGCCUCGAUGGCGCCGUCGCUCCCGACUGCCCCCGCGACCCCCCUGGGGGUGUUCCCUCCCCUCGGAGGAGAGAAUCCGACGAGAGGAGCGACUCCGAGGCAAACCGCUCCAUCGAGGGCGACCCCAGUGGGGACCAACUCGACGAGGAUCAGGAUGUUCGCAGCGUCGGUCCUUCCGAGGAUCUCAACGUCAUGGACUCCGACUGCGAGGGGGAGAGGGAGGUCGCGGACCCUGGGAAACCCGGACCCGUUGUCCCACAACCCAUCCACCCUGGGGUACGAAGACCAUCCGAGGGAUACUUCGCCGAUGGUCUUGUGUGGAACGCUCCUGGGUUUCAACACUCUCUGGCGGGGUUCACCUGGCUGCCUCCACCGCCGCAUCCCCAUAACCAUCACCAUGGACACCUCUAUGCCCCACAUGGAGGACCGACCAGCCCUAAUGGAGAUCUCAGACUUCCUGGGCCCAGUCCAGGACCUGUUCGAUGCACCCUGAGGAAGCACAAGCCAAAUAGGAAACCCAGGACGCCAUUUACGACGCAGCAGUUGCUCUCGCUGGAAAAGAAAUUCCGCGAGAAGCAAUAUCUCACGAUAGCUGAAAGGGCGGAAUUUUCUUCGUCCCUUCAUCUAACAGAAACGCAGGUGAAGAUCUGGUUCCAGAACAGACGCGCGAAAGCAAAGAGGCUGCAGGAGGCUGAGAUCGAGAAGUUGAGGUUAUCGGCCAGGCCUCUUUUACAUCCAAGUUUUGGAUCUGGACUGAUGUUCUCCGGAGUAGGCCCUCCAGGAACAUCGGCAGUUCCUCCCUUCAUAGCUGCAGCAAUGGCGAGGCAUUCUCACGCCGCCGCCGCGGCGGCCAUGUUCAUGGGCUCCCCUGGCCACAGGCCGUAGACAUUUUCUCUCUACUUAAUUUCCCUUUUUUUUUUCUUUUCUUUUUUUCUUCUCAUAAUUAACUACAAAGUGUCAACUAACGAGUGCCGUAUACCGUGACCAGGAAAGUGGACGAUCUCUAUUCGGGAAUUCUUCCAAUCCGUGGCCUUGGUCACCGGUUGGGAUGCACAUGCAGAUGCACAUGCAGAUGCACGUUAUCGUUAUCAGCAAAUCUUGCCCUGCAGAAUUUCAAGAGACUGCAGACGUUUCGUAUUAUUUAUUCCAGGAUAUGUAAGGUGCACUUCCUGGGUUUUAGUUUAUCUCGUAUGCGCACGCAGAAGAGUAUUUGGUUGAGCCGAUAUAAAAAUUAUUGUUGGAGUUUCAUUGUUAUUUGUGUGACAUAACGAGAUCCUUUGAUCCAUUUUUAAUGCUCGCUUGAUUGAACAAGGACAUAAAAAUUCGACGAAAUAGUCUUUCUGCGUUUACCGGACUUCACAAUUGUUAACUGUCAGCGAUAUCUCCGAGGUGGUUAUUGUUUAUUAAUCCCUAUGUGAGGAAAUUAGAGAUUCACUUGCUCCUCCGUACACUUGCAGAUGGACCUCUCGAACUGAUAAGACCGACACGAAAAGUAUAUUAUCACUGUUACGAGAAUGCGUCGACGUUUUGGCGACCCCCAAGUGGACUAAUUAACGACCCUCGUUAACAAUUAACAUCGGGUCUCGAUUUCAAGUUCAUGCAUUAAGUGAUAUGUAGUUGUCAUGGGGAUGUGUAUCAAGUUGUUCGCAGGAGUAACUAGGAAUGCUGGACCUCCAACAGUCGUGAACAGUGUCACGUCGCGAGGCUCUCUGCAGCUCGGAAUGUUGCAACAAUGGUCCUAUCCAGCUUCGAUCUUGCACUCUCGACAAAUGUUGCUGCAAUCUCUCCGCGGCAUUGCGCCAAGUGUUGCGUCAAAAGCCGCGUUAUCACCGCGAUCCUGCAGACACGUUCCAACGAUAUGACAAUGGUGUUCAGAAAGUCCUGCAAUUUGAGACGAAAAAAAUAAAAAAUGGAAGAUAGGUCCUGGAGCCAAAAAUAUUAUUUGAUUCUGCGAUCUUGAAAACGCGUUGAGAUGAGAAAUUGAAAAAAGAAGCGUCGUUGAAGAUAAAAAUUCAUAUUUAUUAUUGAGGUCCUGAAGACGCGUUGCAGCGACCUAACAAUGGUGUUCAUAAAAUCCUGCAAUUUGAGAGGAAAAAAAUUAAAAAUGGAAGAUAGGUCCUAGAGCCAAAAAUAUUAUUUGAUUCUGCGAUCUUGAGAACGCGUUGAAAUGAGAAAUUGAAAAAA